AUGGGGAAUUUUUGGCUGUUCGGUGUUUUGUUAUUAUUUUCGGUUUGUUAUGGACAGCAGACGCCCACCGUAGGCCAUAAAGGAACGAGGUGUUAUGAUAAUUUCAACAGACCGCAGAGAUGCAUCCCGGAAUUCGAGAACGCAGCUUUCGGCGUCCUCAUGGAGGCCACGAACACGUGCGGCGAGAACGGUGACACCGAGUACUGCGUCCAGACCGGCUUCACAGGCAUCCGCAAGAGCUGCGAGGUCUGCUUUCCGGGCCAGCACGACGCCACCUACCUCACGGACUUCAUCCAUCCCGACAAUCCGACGUGGUGGCAGUCGGAGACCAUGUUCGAGGGCAUCCAGUGGCCCAACCAAGUCAAUUUGACGCUGAAAUUUGACAAAGCAUUCGAUAUUACGUACGUUCGUCUCAUAUUCUAUUCUCCGAGGCCAGAAAGUUUCUUCAUUUCUAAAAAAACAACAAAGGAUGGACCAUGGAUUCCAUAUCAGUAUUACAGUGCUACCUGUCGAGACACCUACGGUCUACCUGACAUGACCCACACUAGAAGAGGUGAAGAAACUAGAGCCCUUUGUACCUCCGAAUACUCAGAUAUUUCACCUCUGAAAGACGGCAACGUGGCCUUCGGUACCCUUGAAGGACGGCCUUCAGCUUAUAAUUUCGAUACCAGCCCUGAUCUGCAGGAAUGGGUGACCGCCACCGAGCUAAUGGUGACCCUCGACCGCCUCAACACCUUCGGGGACGAGGUCUUCGGCGACGAGCAAGUCCUCAAGUCCUACUUCUACGCCGUGGCCGACGUGGCGGUAGGCGCGCGGUGUAAGUGCAACGGCCACGCGUCCGAGUGCGUGGCCUCGACGGCGGCCGACGGCGCCAAGCGACGCGUGUGCAAGUGCGAGCACAACACGGCGGGGGCGGAUUGCGGCGAAUGUUUGCCUUUUUACAAUGACGCGCCCUGGGGCAGGGCCACCGCGCAGAACUCGCACGAAUGUAAACAAUGUAACUGCAACGGCCACUCAAACCGCUGCUUUUUCGACCAAAAACUGUACGAGAUGACCGGUCACGGCGGUCACUGCUUGGACUGCACAGCCAACCGAGAUGGCCCGAACUGCGAAAGAUGUCGCGAACACUACCGCAUGCGAGAUGACGGUUUCUGCGUGCCCUGCGAUUGUGAUCCGGUCGGCUCUAGGAGUCUUCAGUGCAACGCAGAAGGAAAGUGCCAAUGCAAACCUGGAGUAACUGGAGAUACAUGCGACAGGUGUGACGAGAAUUUCUACGAUUUUUCUGCGACCGGAUGCAAAACGUGCGGCUGCCACUCUGCCGGGUCCAUCAACAACGAGCCGAGCUGUUCUCCCCACACAGGAGUCUGCGCCUGCAAGGAGAACGUCGAGGGCAAGCAAUGCAGCGAGUGCAAGCCCGGUUUCUUCAACCUGGAUAAAGAGAACCACUUCGGUUGCACCCCUUGCUUCUGUUACGGACACUCCGCCGAGUGUACAUCGGCCCCACAGUACUCGAAGUACCUCUUGGAGUCAUCGUUCUUCAAGAGCGCGGAAAGGUGGUCUGCAGUCGAUGAAUACGAGAGGAAGAUUGACACUAAGUAUGACGCGCUCACUCAGAGUAUAGGAGUGCAAGCUGUUGGAGACGAGGCGAUCUAUUUUGUGGCUCCAGAGCGAUUUUUGGGCGACCAGAGAGCUUCAUAUAAUCAGCUCUUGGAGUUUUCUUUAAAGAUUGGGGAUAAUAGACCGGUGCCGACUGCUGCCGACAUCAUCUUGGAAGGAAAUGGCAUGUCUGUCACGAAUACGAUAUUUGCUCAAAAGAACAAGAUUCCAGCUCUGCAGAUACAGAAAUACCGAUUCAGGCUUCACGAACAUCCUGACUACGGUUGGCAGCCAAGACUAUCACCGAGGGCUUUCAUAUCCGUUCUCACCAAUCUCACAUCUAUCAAGAUCAAGGGAACAUACACCCCACAAGGUGUUGGUUUUCUCGACGAAGUUAAAUUAGAAACAGCUGCUAGAGGAGCUGCUGGAGAAUCAGCUUUGUGGGUCGAAGUUUGUAGCUGUCCUUCAGGUUAUGUAGGCCAGUUUUGUGAAUCCUGCGCUCCCACAUUCAGACACACACCAUCUUCUGGAGCACUCGAGAGCAGACCCUUUAUGACGUGUAUACCAUGUGACUGUAACAACCACGCAAACAUUUGCGACUCAGAAACAGGGAGAUGUAUCUGUAAUGAUCACACUACCGGAGAGAAUUGUGAGCUUUGCGCGAGAGGAUUUUAUGGAAAUGCAUUGGGAGGGACUCCCGAAGACUGCCAGCCCUGUGGAUGUCCAGAAGGUGGUGCAUGUAUCCAGAUUGAUGAAGAGAUCACCAUGUGUACCGAAUGUCCGACAGGAUAUACGGGUCACAAAUGCGACGUGUGCUCAGAUGGCUAUUACGGAGACCCUACCGGAAGAUAUGGUCCGGCUAGGUCGUGCAGAGAAUGCGAAUGCAACAACAACAUCGAUCUGAAUGCCAUAGGAAACUGCAACACUACUAGUGGAGAGUGUCUGAGAUGUAUUCAUAAUACUGGUGGCGAUAGGUGUGAAGUUUGUCUAUCAGGAUUCUACGGAAACGCCGUGGUGCUACCCAAAGGUGAUUGCAAGCCUUGCACGUGCUACCCAAUUGGUACUGAGGAAGAACCCUCAGGCGAACCGACUUGUGAUCAGAGCACAGGCACGUGCAACUGCAAACAGCACGUGGUCGGCAACAACUGCGACCGCUGCGAAGAUGGUUUCUACAACUUGCUGAGCGGCCAAGGAUGCCAGUCUUGCAACUGCGACCCCAUCGGUUCCUUCAAUCAAACCUGCGACCUUCUCAAUGGUCAGUGCUACUGUAGACCUGGAGUCACAGGGCUGAGGUGUGAUCACUGCGAGGCAAGAAAAUACGGAUUUUCCAUCGAUGGUUGCAAGGACUGCGACUGCGACGCAAUCGGUUCCAGAGACCUACAGUGUGAUCCUACAGGCCAGUGCCCCUGUCUCGAAAAUGUCGAAGGUCGUAAGUGCAAUAGGUGCAAAGAAAACAAAUAUGACAGGCAGAGAGGUUGUGUUGACUGUCCCGACUGUUACAAUUUGGUUCAAGACGCAUACAGAGGUCACAGCAAUAAAUUGGACAGAUUAGGAGAUAUUCUCGAUGAGAUAGAGAGACGGCCCACUGUAAUUGCUGACGACGAAUUCCCAAAAGAACUAGAGAAACUCAAGAGAAAUAUCAGUGAUUUCCACGAAAUAGUGAAAAAUGCAACCGGUGAUACUAGUGUAUUCCAAAAGGUACAUGAUAUCCGCGAGAGAGAAAAGGAUAUCACCAGAACCCUAUCAGAAAUAGAUGAGAAUAUUUAUUUGAUUGGGGACAAGAGUCAUGUUACCGAAAUGAAUCUUGACCAUAUUGAUGCGAAUUUGGAAGAAGCGGAGGUAAGGCUUGCUGAUACAGUCGUAGCUUUCGAUACACAGGCAAAGGAAGCUCUAGAAAACGCUAUGGAAAGUUCCCAAAAAGCCGGACAACAAUCCGAAAAAAUGACUAAGAUCGCGCAAGAAUCCAGAGAAUUGGCUGACGAAUUGGAAGAAAGAGCUGAUGUCAUUGAAAGUAAAGCUCUGGAUGCUAAAAAUAAAUCAAUAGAAGCUUACCAAAUCGCCAAGAAUGCAAGUCUGGGACAGAGUGAAGUAGAAGAGAGAGCGAGAAAAAUGCGACAUGAGGUAACUGACGCCGAAAAUAAAUUGAACAGAACCAGCACUUGGAUAAAAGAAGUUGCUAACAUGUCUGCAACAUCCAAAGCCGAUGCUCUGAAUUUGCUCAACGCAGUCAAAAAUUUGCAAAUUCCGCAAAUUGACAUUCCCGAACUGAAGACAAGAUCAGAAUCCCUACGUGACGAAGCUUAUAGGCUCGGAAAUGAAACUAUAGCAUUAUACAAGGACAGUGAGAACUUGAGAAAAGCAGUGGAAGAAAAAAAUAGCGUUGGAAAGGUUCUGCUAGAAAAAGCAUAUGAUCAGCAAUACGAGACUGAUGAACUGCUGAAUGAAAUUCACGCUACUAAAGAAACAACCGAUAACUCCAUCAAUCGAUGGAAUAAGAUAUUGAAUGAAACUGAAAGCAUAUACAAGGAUUUGAAAGAUUUCGACACGGAAACACAAAAAAGCAAGGACGAAGCGAACGAAGCGCUCAAAACAAUCAGUGAUAUCGAAAACAUUCUGAUGAAUACAUUAGGGAAGAUAAACACAGCGCAGCAAUCGCUGAGGGAAGCCACAAAUAACGCCGCAUCUGCUUUAGAAAAAGCUUUGCAAGCUGAUGAUUUGGCGAAAAAUGCGUCCAGUACCGCUGGAGGAGCUAAAGAAGAAGCAGGAGUUUUGCUGAGGAACGCAACUCUUCUGAACGAGAACGCUGAACUGCUGAAGGAAAGAGUCCAAGAUAGCGAGGACAAGCUUCAAACAUUUUAUUCUUACACCAGAACGAAUGAGUCUCUUAUCAACGAGGCAAAGGAAAAGGUUGGAAAGGCCGGUAAAGAUACGGACGAAACGUCAAAAAAAGUCAUAGAACUUCUCUCCAGCGUUGAGAAGAUCAUAAACGAAUUGCAAAAUUCCCCAGACAUCGACGAUAGUGAGUUGACUAGGCUGGAGAAUGCACUCGCAUUGGCCGAAGAGCAGCUGCUAGAUAGCAAACUAGAAGAAAAGCUGGCACAUCUGCAGAUGGAACAUUCCGCUCAAGCGAAUUUGAUCGAGCAGUACAAGCAUGACAUCGGUGCUUUGAAGGAUGACGUGCAAAAUAUUGAGGAGAUAGUUCAGUCUCUUCCCGAAGGAUGCUUCAGGAGAGUCGAACUCGAGCCAUGAGUUUGAUAGAUACUUGCCACAUUUUAUACCAAAGAGGGAAACUCAUUGUUCCAUAGUUCUGAAGACCACCUGAAAGCUAUACAUGUGUUUGACAUAAUGUAUUUGAAUUCAUUGAGAGAAAUUCCAUGAGGUUCUCACCAAUGAAUGUCCACUUAUGUACUUAUCCAAUCUAUAUUUUGGAGCUACAUUGUUCAAAAAGCGUGCUAAUUUGGGUGAUUCAGAGUAUUGAAAACUAUAUAUACUUUAUCGAUAUUGUGCUUGUAAAUAUUGGCUGGAUGUUUUUUUAACCUUAGGAAUGUUUCUGAUUCAGUACUUAUUUUCAAUUGAACUCUAAUAGAUUUCCUACAUUUCUAA